AUAGGACGAGAGGGAAAGAUUGCAUUGCCAGUUUGGAUGGGCAAAGGCACAGAUUAAAGUGCACGAUUAAAUGGUAUCUGAAGUUUGUUUUCUCUGAUCAUAUCACAUGAAUAGAAUCUGCAUCAAGAACUGGCUUCAUGUAGACAAUUAAGAUCUGCAUAUUCUCAAGAAAAAUGGCUGAAGGUCAUACAAUAGAAGCCCAAAUGAACCAAAAUGAAGAAGAGAAUGAAGAUGUGAUUGAAGAAGUCAAAAUACCUUUGGGCAUAAGAUCGUCUGAGGAUUUUAAAAAAGGGUCUUCUUGGAACAACCGUUGGUGCUACAAGAGUGAAAGAGGAGAGUGGGUCAUCACUGCAAAAUGUUCAGGUGUCAUUUUGACAAUGACACUUAUUAUUAUUCUGAUCCCUGCCAUUUUGUUUGCAGAAAGAAGAAAUGAAAGAUGUCCAGAUCUUCUCCCUGCUGAUCCUUGUCCAAAAGAUUGGCUGGGAUACCAAAGGAAAUGCUACUACUUUUCACCGAUGGAAGGAAACUGGACCUCUGGCAACAGACACUGCUCCUCCCAUAAUGCCUCCUUGGCUUUGGUUGGCUCCCAGGAAACACUGGAUUUCUUUUUACGUUACAAAAGUCCUCCUGAUCACUGGAUUGGUCUCCGGAAAAAUUCAGGUCAACCUUGGAGAUGGAUUAAUGGCAGCAUUUUCAUGGAAUGGUUCUUCACACUUCCAACUGAAAUGGGAAGGAGAUGUGCAUAUUUGAACCAUAAAGCUGUUGCCAGCUCCAGCUGCACAAGAGAAGAACGCUGGAUCUGUAGCAAAGACAUGUUUAAAGGCAUUGCAGAAACUGAGCCUUGAUUCCUGCUCUAUUAUGCACAGAGGCCCUUCAAAAUGUACUUCAGCGUUGCUUUGUUUUCAGCCUCUUGCCCUAUGUAGAAGUCCACUCAGUCCUUGCAGAAUUUUUUUCCAGAAGACUGGACACUUGAGCUUUCUCGUAGGGAUCAGCUUUAUAAACACUGAGCAAGCUGAGGCAGAAAAACAAGGAUAGAGUCAAGACUAGAUGUCCGAUCUCUCAAGACUUUCUUUCCAGGAUGAAGAGGAACCAUUGGUGAUCACCCUUUGGGUUCGUUCACUUAACCAAUUACAAAUCCAUCUGACAGUAAUAUUGUGUGGCCCACAUUUUACUAGUUUGUUGCAAGAAAUCAUGGGGACUGUGUCAAAAGCCUUAUUGAAAUCAAGCUACGCUAUAUCCACACCAUUCUAACUCUAUUGAAAAACAGAGUUGUGACCUUUCAAAAGUUGAGUCUACUCUCAUUCAAACUAUCCAACAGGAUGCCAGCCAUAGUAUUAGUGGAAACCAGGGUUUGAUUCUAUGUUUGUUUAUAAAGUUAUUGUCUUC